UGUCAGACGAUGUCGAAUUCAGUGCAUAAAAGCUUGGAAACCUGCAGCCUUGCAGACUCAAUCGACAUAGAUAGCCGAGCUAUAACUGCAGAAUGUGAACUGCCCCAUCUCAUAAAAAACGAGAAUGUCAACGACUUCAGAGAACAAGCGUUUAUGUGGGUUAAAAGGUACAUGGGUGGUCCGUGGGCCAGGGCCGAGUUAAAACAUUUCCGUUGUAAAGGAAUGAGGGGGGACCUCACCAACUACCUAUACGUGUGUAAACUCUUGCUGUGGGAUGGUGAAAACGACGGCCUGAAAGUCCUCAAAUCAGAGGCAGAUUACCCCACAAAAGUCACACUAAAAGUAUACGGAGAGAUCGAGAACUACCAAGGCUUCAACAAAGUGGAGAUGAUGACCCUGAACGUGAUCCUAGCUGAGCGUCACUACAUUCCUAAGAUAUUCGCCCUUUUCCCGGACGGAAGGUUCGAGCAGUACGAGAAAAGCAGGCAGCUGCGAGCUACAGAGAUUAGGAAAGCCGAGGUAACGAAUACUCUGGCUGACUACCUGGCAGAGUACCACAAGAUGGACAUGCCGUUUGGGAAAGUAGCCGGGAGGCUGGAGGAGACCCUGGAUCAUUACCACUCCAUGGCACUCUCCACUCACUUCGAGGACGAGGACAAGGCCAAGCUUCUAAAGAAGAUAGUUAGAUAUAACAUAGACGAGGAACUGGACACACUGAAAGAUAUCUGUUUUCCUUGUAACGACGAAGUGGUGUUCUGUCACAACAGUUUAGGGGAGGGUAACCUCCUCCUGACGGGCCACAAAGACGACAGACGAGUUCAGGUGGUGGGCUGUGAUAUGAGCUCGUACAACUACCGUUCAUACGACUUCGGCCACUUCUUCGCCACAAUGCAGUUUGACUUCAGCUCGUCAACCUUCCCGUACUUCACCAGAGAUCGUUCCUUCAUUCCGAGCGAGGAGGACCGCAGGGAGAUGAUUGUGCGAUAUGUCCGCAGGUUGGAUCUGCCAGUCGCUCACCAGAAUGUGACUGAGGAGAAGUUAAUGGAGUACUCGGAGAAGUUCAUAUUGGCAGCUCAUUUCCUGCACGGGUGCUGGGGUAUUGUUCAGGCAGAAGUUUCCGAGCUACAGUUUGGGUAUUUGGAGUAUGCCCUCGCAUGUUUUCAGGCUUACUUCGAGCAUAAAAUCUUGAACAACUUGUAGGAUGGACGGUAAGCCUUUAGGUGCAAAUCUUAUUUUAAUGUCAGCGGCCAACUGGUACAAUUUUAGAAAAUCUCGAGAAAUAAUCGAACAGACUAGGCUCUUACGCCAGGAGAGAUUUGAGUUGUUUAUUCUCGUUUGUAAGUCGUUUGAGCUCCUGCUGCAUACCAGUUACUGUUGAUUGACUUUUCUUUAUGUUGUUUAUUCUGUACGCUGGAAUAGAAAUCUCUCAUUAAAUAUAUUAA